CGGCGGNCAAGGACAGGAAUGAGAAGACCCACAUGGUUCCCUCUGUGGUGAAGGAGGCGUCCGGUCUGAAAUCUGCCAGAAGCGACCUGUACAUGCAGCCCACCAAGGCCGACAAGGACUCUGUGUUCCACUGCGUCGUGGAGUACAGUAUGCCCGGAGGCGCGAUCCUGCAGAAGAUGUCCAACACCAUCACCAUCAACCUCAACUAUCCCUCUGAGAAAGCGACCUUUUCCCUUCUCAACACUGAACCAGUCAAAGAGGGCGAUGCUGUCACCAUGAAGUGUGAGACCGACGGAAACCCUCAGCCUGAGUUUGACUUCACUCACGAUGAUAAAGUUAUCAAUGGUGUGGGGGGUGUCCUGACCCUGAAAUCUGUCAAGCGCACAGACGCUGGUGUGUACAAGUGCACAGCCACAGAUUUUGAUAACCUGGAUGCUGACCUAAGUGGAGCCAUCACCCUUAAUGUCAACUACAUCGAUCCUGUGAGCGUGAUCCCCGCCGAGCCUCAAGUAGUGAUGCUCGGAGACAAGGUGGAGUGGCAGUGUAAGACCAAGGGCUCCGCUACACACACCGUGCAGUGGAAAAAGGGCUCCGAGGUGCUCUCACAGAGCGGCACUCUGUCGAUACAAGCCGCUUCCUAUGAAAAUGCUGGAGAGUACGUGUGUGUUGGCGCCGUGCCGUCUGUGCCAGGCCUCACAGCCAUGGCUAGUGUUACCCUCACUGUCAAAGGAAAGCCGAUGAUCGAGACUCCGGCUGUUGGAGAGGUCACAAAGGAAGGAGACAUGGUGACUCUGAAGUGCUCUGCCUACGGCUUUCCUGCCCCUCAGUUCACCUGGAAGCCCUCAGGAAAACAGUCUGUAUCAGUGGAAGGGAGCAAGGUGGUCAGCUUGGUGACUCUGGAGGCCACGCCCGAGGUCAUGAAGGACGGGGUGAAAUGCGAGGCCUCCAACGAGCACGGAUCCACCAGCCAGACCUUCCUGGUAUCUCUCAAAAGAGCAAUUGACAACUCAGCCGACAGAGUGCUGCUUUCUGGAAACCCUGUGCUUACGUCAGGUCUGUAUCGCUAACCCUUUUCAUGUGUUUGGCGUUCGUCUAGAACGGAAAGUCACUGUGUGUGUAUUUAUGUAUGCGUGCACACACAGUGGUCAUGUAUUUGUGUCUACCAGAGCUACUGUGUUUGUGUAUCCAUGCUUUUAUUACUAUAGUCGAGAGGACAGACCUUAAAUAAGGAUUUUAUUUGGGGGGAAAGGAAGUUACUUUGUGAAGGCUUUAUGCACCACAAUUUCAAUUUAGCAUUUAUUUUCCUAAAACACUGAUUACUUUUUAAUUUUAAUCAAUGAUUAAUUGUCAGAAAAGAGUGAAAAACUCCUUUUCAAAUCUUCUAAAGUUGACGUCUUCAGAUGUCUUAUUUUUUCCAAAACCUCCCAUAUGAUUUAGUUAUACAGUCAACCAUUCAAAAUCAAUGCAAACUGAACCGCAGAAGGAAAAUGUUUUAGGUGGCCUGAUGUGAGGAAAUAAUGUACAAUGCUCAAACCGUUGCUCCAUCAUGCCUUUUAUUUUGUAACGGCAUAGGUAGUGAUAUCACAAGUUAAAUAAACCUUGUUCAUUGAUUUUGAAUGAUUAACCGUUUACCAGAACGACGGCUGAGGUACAAUUUUAAAGGAAUAGUUUGACAGGAGGUCUCCGCUUCCGCUCAGAAAUAGUCCAUUACAUAACCCUCUGUAAAACUGCAACACAUGAGAUAAAACAUGUUCAUUAGUGAGCUUUAAAAGUGUUGAGAGGAAGAUUUUUUUUUAACCUUACGACAGAGCCAGACUAAGUUUCCGGUCUGAAUGCUAAGCUAAUCAGCCCCUGGUUCCAGCUCAACAUAUAAAAGAUAAAAACAUUAUCAAUUUUCUAGUUUCAAGAUUCAAGGCUCUUAUUGUCUUUUGUACGUAGCUACAGUGUAGAUAUAUCAAUGAGAAUAUAAGGUCACAGGCUCCUCCAACAGUGCAACAUAAUAAAAUCUAGUAACAAGCAUAUGUCCCAUAAUGUUGAACUAUUCCUUUAAAGGACACCAGCCAGCCAAUCAAAAAACAGGCCGGGGUUUAACUUUGUGUUAAAACUGGCCUUCAGAUGUCAUCGUAGCGUCAUGUCCUCACCAGUAUAGUAAUACAGUGCCGGUGGAUGGGUGGGUUGUUCAGUGUGGUUCUCUGGCUCUGGUCUGUUUUAUCUGUGAGUGUACAGGCCCCCUUUUUGGGUCCCAUCACUUCUCAGUCAUGCAUUCAAAAAAGUUAGUCUAAUCCCACAUCCCAACCCCCCACUCCUUCUCCUCUCCACCCACCCAUCCAUCCACCCAUCCAUCCAUGGUUGUCACCUGGAUACCCAUCUCCUCCCUCUCUCCAUCCUCCCCAUCCCACCACCUCUUGUCUCCCUCCUGUGGCUCUCCCAAAUGAAAUUAUGUCCGUCCCCCUUGCCUCCCUCUCUUCUCCCCCACAAAUCAAACACCCCUCAUGAUUACCCUCUAUCUACCACCACCCCCUUCAAAAUCAAAAACACUCCUCCAUCUUCCAUCCACAAUCCUCCACCCCCUUCCUCCCCUCCUUCU